GCGAGGUAUGUGGAAAAGGAUUCGUAGAGAAGCGUUACAUGGAGCGACACUUUGCUGUACACACAGGCGAGCGGCCAUAUAAAUGCGAAAUAUGUGACAAAGGAUUCUUUCAAAAGAUUUGAUUUGAUAUUAUGGCGACUCCGAUUCUAUGAUGCGAUCGAGCAACGGUAUCGAAACACUGGAAGAACUGAGCAGCGGUAAGCUGCAGUUAGCUAGAAUAAGGUAUUGCUAGGUCUCCUAAGCUAAAUUAGGUUUAAGAAGAUAUAUUUCUUUCCUUCCGCCAUACAAACGAGAAGCGACAGAGGCAUAUGAUGCAGCCGACACAUAAUAUGCAGCCUUCGCCUGUAGUCCAUUCCUCAGGUGCAUUCUAAUUGGUUCGGAUGUCUUCAUGGCUGAUAGGUAGACGUGUGUUCCUGCUUACAAGUGUAUUGAUCAUCAUUGUGGGAAACGAUACAGGGAAACGAUAGGAAAGAGAACAUCUAUCCGCGAGUCCCGUUCCUAAAGACUUGAGACUACUUGGGAGAUAACUGAUGUUCAAACUAUACGCACACGAGGCGACAGGACACACCACAAAAAAUAUUUACCAUGUAUUUUGUUCUAGAACAACAGCAUUGGAAUAUAGACUUAUCCAGCAGCGUUGGUAUUGUGCCGUUUUGACGUUUGAAUUGGGAGGAAAACAUCGAUUGCACGGCGAAUUGGGAGGAAAACAAACCGCUUCUGGGUUUGAGAGGAGGGCGGUAGUAUAAAAAUGUGAGAUCAAUAGAAUAUUUUUUGUGGCGUAUGCCUGUCGCCUCGUGUGCGAUCAUCUUUAAAACGCGCACAUUGGGAUAUGUAACGUUUAACAAGCUAUACACCGUCACCCUGUAAACCUUAAAACGUCAAAAUGGUUUUGUUUCACAAAUAAACUGACAAACAACAGACGUUUGAGUUUAGUUUACAAAUUGAAAUGGAGCUUGGUAAGGAAUGUUCUGCUCAACGCCCGUGAAGGAAACCACCGAAACGAUCACGGUUCAUCCAAUCAGCACUGGUACUGAGAACGAGCUUUCCACAUCAGUGGAUCCACAAUCGGAGCUUAGUAGUAAUCAGACAGGCAUGUCUUCGAAGCAGCAGAAGCGAACAGACUGUGAGGUAUGUGGCCAAAAAGUCCUUCGGGCGCUGCUGAAGCGACACAUGGCCAGCCACACAGGCGAGCGGCCAUACAAAUGUGAAAUAUGUGGCAAAGUAUUUAUCCAAAAGAGAGACCUGCAGCGUCACACGAUGACUCACACUGGUGAGCGGCCAUACAAAUGUGGGAUAUGUGACAAAAUAUUCGCCCAGCCCGAUUACUUAACUUUUCAUGAACUUAUUCACAGUGGUGAUCGUCCGCAUAAAUGUGAAAUGUGUGGCAAACAAUUUACGCUGAAGCAUCGCCUGCAGCGACACGUUUCUAUGACCCAUACUGCCGAGCGACUGUACAAAUGUAAGAUAUGUGACAAAGCAUAUAAACAGCAGUAUGAUCUGAACUUGCACAAACUCAGUCACAGUAAUGAACGACAGCAUAAGUGCGAAGUAUGCGAUAAAGAAUACCUCCACAAAAAGUCCCUGCAAUGGCACAUGGCAACCCACGUUGGCGAGCGUCCGCACAGGUGUGAUGUUUGCGGCAAAGCAUUUAUCCAUCAGCGUUACUUGACAAUACAUAAAUUCAUUCACAGUAGUGAUUUGCCGCAUACGUGUGAGGUGUGUGGCAAACAAUACGCACUGAAGAAUCGCCUGAAGCUACACAUAUCCAGCCACACUGGCGAGAAACCGCACAAAUGUGAAAUAUGUGACAAAGUAUUUCUUCGUCGGGAUCGCCUAGUUGCGCACAAACUUGUGCACACUAGUAGGCUGCCGCAUAAGUGCGAAGUGUGUGGCAAAGUAUUCUUUCAGGAGGGUGACCUGCAGCGACACAUGUUGACUCACACUAGCGAGCGGCCGUAUAAAUGUGAAAUAUGUGACAAGGCGUUUCAUCAUAACACUAACCUGCAGAAACACGUGUUAUGUCACACUGGCAAGCGGCCAUAUAAAUGUGAAACGUGUAGCAAAGUAUUUGUUCAAAAGGCUGACCUGCAACGACACAGGAUUACUCACACUAGUGAACGUCCGUUUAAAUGUGGAACAUGUGACAAAACAUUUGCCCGGAAAAAUUAUUUACAUUUACAUGAACUUAUUCAUGGUGAUCGUCCGCAUAAAUGUGAAGUGUGCGGCAAACAAUUCACACUGAAGCAUCGCCUUCAGCGGCACAUUGAAACCCACACUAGUGAGCGCCCGUACAAAUGUGAUGUAUGUGGCAAAGCAUAUAAACAGCAGUCUGUUUUGAACUCGCACAGACUCAUUCAUAGUAAUAAAGACGAGUAUCCGUACAAAUGUGACAUAUGUGGCAAAGCAUUCAACCACCGGAGUAGCUUAAAGUUGCACAUACUCAUUCACAAUGGUGAACGUUCGCAUAAGUGCGAUAUGUGUGGCAAAACAUUUUUACGCAAACAGACCCUUCAGCGGCACGUUGUAACUCACACUGGCAAGCGUACACUAAAAGAUACAACAAGUGCAAGUGUGAUACUAUGUUCAGGCCAAAGAAAUAAAAUGAAAAUCAGCGGCACUACACAUACACCUACGGUUCCACCAAAUGGGUAUGAUUCCUCAUUAAGUACGGCAUGUGUAGAUAUAUUUCCAAGUCAUCGGACGAGUGUGAAGAUCGAGAUUCCGGAGUCCAAACAUAUACUAGCUGCUGAUGACCACGAUACCGACAACACAAGUUUGAUAGACAAUAUCAACAAUGCAAGCAUUGGUACUGACAGCCACAUCCCAACAUUACCGAAUUUACAGUCGGAGUGUAAGGAUCAGAUAGACAUAUCUUCAAAGCAGCAGAUUGGAAUCAACUGUGCGGUAUGCGGAAAAAUAUUUCUUCGGAGGGGUUUCCUGGAGCGACACCUUGCUAUCCACAAUGGCGAUCGGCCAUAUGAAUGCGACGUUUGUGACAAAGUAUUUGGGCAAAAACGUGGCCUUCAGCGACACAUAGUCACCCACACUAACAAACGCACGUACAAAUGUGAAAUAUGUGACAAAGUAUUAACACGGCCAGAUUCCCUAGUCUCGCACAAGCUUAAUCACACUAGUAGUAGACCGCAUAAGUGCGAGGUAUGUGGCAAAGACUUCGCACUAAAGGAUCGCCUACAGCGACACAUUUUUUCUCACACUGGCGAACGGCCGUAUGAAUGUGAUGUAUGUGACAAAGGAUUCAACCAUCCUGGUACCUUAAUCAAGCACAAACGCAUCCACAGUCGUGAACUGUUGUUCAAUUGUGAAGUAUGUGGCAAACAAUUCGUUCAGAAGCAGUCCCUGCAGCGACACGUGCUAACUCACACUGGUGAGCUGCCUUAUAAAUGUGACAUAUGUAGCAAAGGAUUUAUUACCCAAAGUUACUUAACCGCGCACAGACACACGCACAAUGCUGAACUACCCUAUAAGUGCGAGAUAUGUGGUAAACAAUUUGUUCAUAAGCAAAUCAUGCAGCGACACUUUGACACUCACACAAACGAGUCCAAGUACCAAUGUGAUGUAUGUGGCAAAGUAUUCAAACAGCAGCGUAUUUUGGUCUCACACCGACUCAUUCACAAUAGUGAACCGCGGCAUAAAUGUGAGCUAUGUGAUAAAGAAUAUUAUACCAACUAUGAUCUGCAGCAACACGUAAUCACUCACUCUAGCGAGCGCCCAUAUAAAUGUGAUGUAUGUGGCAAAGCAUAUAAAAAACGCCGUAUUUUGGUCACCCAUAGACGCACUCACAAUAGUGAACGGCAGCAUAAAUGUGGAGUAUGUGAAAAAGAAUAUCUUCACAAGUAUGAUCUGCAGCAACAUCUUAUUACCCACACUGACGAGCGCCCAUACAAAUGUGAUGUAUGUGGCAAGACAUUUAACCAGCGGCGUAACUUGAAUUUGCAUCAACUCAUUCACAAUGGUCAGCGGCGGCAUGAGUGCGAGAUAUGUGGCAGAAAAUUUAUUCACAAAAAUACCUUGCAGCGACACGCUGCAGUUCACACUAGCAAUCAAUCAUAGUAAGCAGCGAAUACACAUCUGAGAACAACAGCUGGUCGGUGUUAAGCCAGACCGGACUAAGUCGCAAAACAUCAAAAAAUGAGAUAAUGAUAGCUCUGGAUACAGAAUUUCGUCAGCUACAUUCGACUUUUGCCAGAUUUGAAAUAUAUAACAGUAAACAAGAAUUAUGGCAAAAAUUAAUUGCCAAUCAUAAUUUAAAGGAUGCUGCGAUUCAAACUUUAAACUCGUUUUUCUCGAAAUCAAUAUUUUGUCACUUAGUCCGGUCUGACAUAACACCGACCAGUUGAUCGGUGUUAAGCCAGACUGAACUAAGCGACAUUGUAUUGAUUUCGAGAAAAACGAGUUUUAUGUUUGAAUCGCAGCAUCUUGUACAUUAUAAUUUGAAAUAUGUUUUUGCUAUAAUUCUUGCUUAUUGUAACAUAUUUCAAAUCAGCUAAAAGUCGAAUGUAACUGAAGAAAUUCUUUAUCCAUAUGAUUAUCAUUUUUUAAGGUUCUGCUACUUAGUCCGGUCUGACUUAACACCGACCAGUUGUAGAAGUGUUUCGUAUCUUUGUUGAACGUUGAAUUAUACCUUGUAAUUUUCAAUACGCUUACCAAACCGUCUUUUUUAUAAAAUUCGAUUGUCGGCUCAGUAACGUAGAUCAAGUCGUUUCCGAGUUUCAGCCCAUUAUUUGACUCCAACCCUGAAUUAGAACAUCAUAUUUCGCCAGAUGGUAGCUGUUUAUCUCAUGAACGAAAUAAUAAUAGUUACAACAGGUGGUAUUUUCAAUCUUAGAGAUAAGUGUGGGUUGUUCUACCAAUACAGAUAUCCCUCGAAUAUAUUUAAAGUGUUCGGAUAACACUCACCGUUAUAAAUUUUUAUUGUCAUUUCAAUAUGCAAGUAAUAUAUAGGUACCUAAUAAUAUUUUAAUUCAUACCAUCCCUACUUAUAAGGGGCAUUUCCGCGGUGGUUGUGUAUGCUCACCGCCAGGUGGCGCAUUGGCGGUGGCAUUUGACUUUGGCGGUUGUUGUCUUCGCUUUACUGUAGGGGAUUUCCAGCGGUUGUUCCAUUGACUCAGUUACGAGGUCAAGCAAAAACGGUACCAGUUUGGAGCCGAAACUCGAGAUCAAAAGCAAAAAACUACAAGGGGCAUUCCUUUGGGGUUGCACGAGCUGUAGACGUAGGACCUUGGAGAGAGAAACAGACUCAAUAAAUGUGAAUGUCAUAGCCAGCCAGAACGAAACUGUCACUCCGAGCCACAAAAAAGUGUUCAUCGAGGAAAUGAGAGUAUUGUUAUCAUAUGCUUGCUAGAAAAUGUUUCCGAACGAUGAGUUUCCUUGAUUUUUUGUCUAGAUUGGGUGUGGCAGUAAAUAUUAUUAAAGUUUUUCUGUGAUUUUAAAGCCAUUUUCAAAUUACUCAGAUGAAUUUUUCGGUAAUCCGUGCUGCCAUUAUCAAAUAAAUUGUAUUUCAAUGUAUUCAAUGAUGAAUAAGAAUUUAGAUGCGUUCAAAAGUUUCGAGCAUCGUUUUAAGGAUUCUGUCACGUUCGCCCGAAAGCCAUUUACCCGAAGGACAUUUGCCCGAAUGUCAUCCACCCGAAUGUCAUUCACCCGAAUGCCACGAACACCCGAAAGACAUUCGCCCGAAUGCAACAUAAACCCGAAUGCCAUUCGCCCGAAUUCCAUAUACCCGAAAAACAUCGAAAUGUCAAUCGACAAAAUUUAAUUUAUUAAGAUGAAAUACAAAUUUUAUUACAUUUGAUGCUAUGAAGAAAUUAACACUAAAGCUAUACCAGACGAAUAGUUAAUCCAAUCACCUGAUUUGUAUGAUUUAACUAGGGUUUCCAGUUUUAGGUCCUUUCGUGAGUUCUUUUUAGACUUUUUAGCUGUUGGUAGCGCUUGUAGUGUACGUAAAACAUAUGUACUAGGGUUUUUCUCUUCAAGCUGCAACUGCUUCAACACACCAUAGAAUUUCCACGGCUUAACAAACCGUUCCAUUUAUUGUGCUAGUCUUCCACAUUAUUGGUGGUUCUAGGAAUUUUUGUCGAUACAUUUUCGAAAACUGACCACGAAGCGGGGGACAAACAACGGUUAUCGAGAAACUUUUUGAUUAGUUUCCUUCCUACCAAAAAUACAAUUAAUCCAAAAAAUCGUCGAAAGCCUUUGGACAACUUUUCCUCAAUUCUUCGGGUGCCAUUGGAACACCUUGAUGGGGCAAGAAAGCCAAGGCAACAACUUUUUUGUAAAUUAGUUGUAUUCGGUGAUCUUCCGAAUAUUUUGUCUGAUGACCAAGUUGUUUUAUUUUUCUGAAAAAACUUUGGUUUAGAUGGAAGAAUCAUCCGUGAAUUAGGUGAAAGAAUCAUCCUGUCUCAAAAUCCAAUAUUACGUAGAGAGCUAUUUGGUAUAUAGAUUCAAGAAAUUGCUCUUGUUUUGAAACAGGAAUCAACCCUUAUGUUUGAGUAUACCGGGCAGACGAGUGGAUUAACAGUUUCUUUGCAAACUUAUUUGGCAUGCAGAUCCAAGGAUUUGUCAUGUUUGAAAGAAGCAAUGAACCCCUAAUUGUGGGAAAAGAGCUGCUCAUGUUGAAAAGAAGGAAUCAAUCCCUAAGUGUGAGUAAACCAGGCAAACGAGUGGAUCACCGGUUUAAUUGCGAGGGUUAUUGGUAUACAAACUCAAAGAACUGCUCAUAUUUAAAGAAGGAAUCAACCCCUAUGCUUCAGUAAACCAAGCUUACCAAUGGAUCACAGAUUUGCCGAGUAGGGACCUCCGCUUCGGUUCCUCGACCUCGGUAAUUGUGACAAAGCCGCAUCACACUAGCUUCGUCACAUAACAUUUAUGAGCUACUAUUUACUAACCGCGGUGUUGUGCCAAAUGGACUUCCACCAUGCAAGAUAUAAUUACUAAUUUAGUUGAUUCAAUUCGUUAACAGAACAUCUUAAUAUAUAUUUACCUCGAUCGAUGGUGUUUCCGAAAGAUUUCUUAUUAUUUUGUCCGGUUUAUCACAAAAUUUCACCGCUCGAGCUGACAACUGCGUCCUAUAUGCAUCAGUUUGCACCUGAAGAGCAUUUGUGGCGUUGGCAACAGAAUCUCAUUGACGUCGGAUAGUACACCUAAAAGCGAUGUCGCAUAGCCACAUUGGUCAGUGUACGGUUGACUAAUGUGGUUACGCCACAUCGCUUUUUAGUGCACUAUCCGACUUCGCUGCCGCUCAGUCGGCUUUAAACUAGCUAUAGCCCCUAUGUUUGAGUUAACCGGGCAAACAAGAGGAUCACAAGUAUGCUUAUAACUCCGGCGACGGGUGGAUCAACGCCUCGUCCAACGGAACCUCAGCGGCUUUGCGCCGCUUCGGAUCCUUGGCCUCGGAUAUGCGGCCAAGCCGCAUCACACUAGCUCCGCUGCAUCAGCUCACUUGUUAUUGUUCAGUUUAUCAAACUUUGGUUAAAGAUUUCACAUUUCCCGCUCGGAUUUGGUUUAUUUAGGUUAAAAUACAUCCUUUUGGUAAAAAACCGCAUUAAAGUCGGACUUCUAUCACUAAAGUCACUAAACUAGACAAUUACCGAUUUUAUAUUAUGUUUGAGUGAAUGUGGUAUUCGGGUUAAUGACAUUCGGGCGAGUGGUCCAUUCGGGUUGAUGGCAUUCGGGUAAAUGGUCCAUUCGGGUUAAUGACAUUCGGGUAAAUAGUCCAUUCUGGUAAAUGGUUUUCGGGCGAACGUCAUUCGGGUAAAUGACUUUCGGGCGAAUGUCAUUCGGGCGAAUGUGAUAGAACCGUUUUAAGACAAUAUUGCGAUCUUGCUAUAAUGUAAAAUAAACGCUAAUUUUAUAUGAAAAUUUCAAAUAAUAUUUACAUUUUAAUGAAAUAAUCAAAAUACCAGACAGAACGACAGUUUAUGAACAUAAAGAGGAAAUGGUCACUAUAAAAAACAACUGGAGGGGGAUUCAACAAAAGCGUCUUUUUCACUUGAAUCUUUAUAAAUCUUAAUAAGUCUUUAUGGUGUUUGAAUUAUGUAAUUUAUCUGUAUCGUCGCCUGCAAGCUCAAUGAACUACACCUAAAAUAUAUUUUAUGCUUGUUAUGAAACCAGUUAUGGAAAUGAGACGACGCUGUAAAUGUUCUCUACUUCAAGAAAUGGGAAUAUAGAAUCAAAAAAUAUGCUGUGACGUGCGUUUUUUGGUAAUUCAUAAAUACUUUUUGGUUUAAAAUAGUUUAUAUCAUCUUUCUAUUUAAAACAUGUGAUAAAAGCUAUUUUCAUAUCUAUAGUAAAGACAAAUAAUAAUGGUGUAAAUCGUGCGAAGAAAGUUUUAAACAUUUGUGACUUAUUUAACAAUUUUAGAAUGAGUGACGCCUUGCUAGUCAGAUUUGACGGUUCUCCAGUUUAAAGUUUCUUUUGAGAGUAUGCUGAGAAAAUGAAAAUCAUCAACGUAGGCUUAUAUGCAUGCUAAUAAAUAUAAACAAAGUUUCGAAAAAAAUUAAGUUUGACAUCGACAUAAUAUUUUCAAUGUUCGGGUGCUCAUGCAGCUUAAUCUGAUGAUCCGAAUCAUGAAAAAAAUUCCAUUUCUAUCUAUUAGUUAAAAUCUUACACUUCGAAAGUUAUUUGCAAAAUAACCUUGGCUAAAUUUGACAGUUCGACGGUUCAAAUUGUUGGAUGAUGUAAAAAGAAAGGUGGAAACAGUUUUCUGUACUUUAUUUAGGUUGGCAAUAUUUUUCAGUAGUAAAUAAAGGGCAAAUAUAAAAACGAAAACAUGUUAUAUCAAACGUUUUUUCGGGUAUUUCAUUAUGUGGAUAUUUACGUUCCAAGGCUGCAGCCGUACCUAUCUACCUAUCAAAUACCUAUGCAUUGGUCAACAUUUCACAAAUCAGAUAAACAUGCCUCUAUCGGCGAGUUUCCUUAUUCAAGGAUUCUGUUAGUUAAAUUUUUAUAAAAUUAAAUUCUAUUUUUCAGAUUGAAUUUAAUAUUGCAUCGGUUUUUAAUAAUCAGUGUAAGAAAUUUAUUAGGAAACCGUGGUAGAAUGAAGGAAAAGAACGGUACAAAAUUCCUGUUUUUAAAAUAGAAGAUUAGGCACAUCGUUCCGAAAUUUGUCCCUUUGCACUCGAGUACUGGAAGCAAACUGUCGUCUGACUUUAUCUUCAAAUCAAUGUAAAGCACCCGGAAAAAACUCACUGAUUUUAUGCUGUCCCAAGCUCCUUUCCAUCACACGAUUGAAGUCAUGUGCUGGUAACACGCUUGCAUAAAUGACACGCAAAAAGAAAUUUGCUCAUUUAUACGUCGCAAACCUUGAUAGAUUUUGGCUGUCGAAAGUUUUCUUGCUUCUUGACAAGUGCUAUUAUUUACACUUCAUGCGUAGUGUCUGUUUCUCCCUCCCAGCGUACACAUUAUACUACUUAAUGUAAAAUAGUUAUUUUCUUAGUACAUUUACAGUAAUAAUAAAUCAAAUAUAUUUCUUACGUAUGGUUUAAUCACAACCAAUCAACAUCGAAUAUUACAUAUUGAACGAGACCUUCUUGGUUAUCAGGUCAUUUCAUUUGUAGUAGGUGAUCGAAUCCGAUUAAACUUAUUUAAGAAGAUCUGAAGAAAGAAGACAGAAAACUAACCGAACUAAUAUCUGGAACUAAAUCUUUAUAGCAUAAGCUUGUAAAAAAAUUUCGAUUGUGUGUGGUAAAAAACCCGGACCAGUGAAAUAAAAUCAAAUUUUAGGCAAUAUAAUCACAUUUCAUGUUUAGACCAAGCAUUCUAGUUAUAUUUUGCCAUUAUUGUAACUUUCCUAAAGUACGCAUACAAAUAUAGCGAAUGCAUUACCGAAACUAUAAAUAUACAAGAAUCGAAAACAAUUUUAUAUAUGGACAAGAUGCGUUCUUGCAACGGUUUUUCAAGUGGCAGUGUAUUCAUUCAUAAAUAGACUUUGUAGUAUGUACCUAUUAGUAGAAUCAAAAUACUAUAGGCUGAGUGGGAAUGAAUGACGUGAUGGGGAAAUGAAUCAAUGAAUUGAUCGAACGUAAAUAAUAAACUUUCGUUGUGCAAUUUAGUAACAAAUUAGAUCUACCUACCUACACAUUCGCCUCAAACAUUGAACCCGCGCGCAAAGCAAAAUGAAUUAACGCUGAUGAUUAUGGGUAGAGUGAAAGAGACAAUUAAUACCACGACACUAUGUUAGCCGUGUUUGCAAAUGGAGCUCGCAUGUGCAAACUAUUUUGUGUACGAAUAAUUAUACAUUAAAGUGUGCUUGAAACGAGCACAACACAAAAGAUAGCAUAGCGUACCACCACAGGCAGUGUAACGGACUUCUAACUCAGCUACACUGGCUGUGAAAACACACAGCGCAGUGAUCUGCUUCGCCUGCUGUUCAACGGGUAACUGAGCUGGUGGUCUUGCGAAAUCCGUCCGUUUAAAUAGUCGAUGAUGACGUCAUUCAUAGAAGCGUAGCGCGCUAGGUACACAAAUCUGUCGUGCUGGACUAGGGAAGCGCUAUCUUCUGUGUGUAAAUGCGCGAUAUUUUGACUAGGUUGUUCAUGAUUUAAAUUUUCAAUGCCAUGAUAUCAAAAAUCUUUGGGUUUAUCAAUUGGAAUCCAUUCUUAGAAGUAUUUCGGGACGAUGCGCGCAAAAAAAUUGAAAAUUUAUCGUGAGAUGGCUGAAUUAUAUGCGAUUAAAAUUGGACCACUUUUCGUUACAUACCAUUUUUGUAGAAUUUGCAACGUGCACCCCUAUAUCGAAAACAAAGACGUAGUCCUACGUCAAAAGUUACUCCUUACUUGUGAAAAAUACUAUUGACGCAUGUCUUAUAUGUGACUUCACAACUUACGAUAUUUGUGCUGUUACAGUCAAUCAGCCUUAUUCUUGCCUACGACGAAUGCAAGAUUCGUUCGAAAGUGGUUUGUAUUCCCGUUUACGACAGCAAAAUCAAGGGCCCUAUUCCCACAGUCACGUCACCUAGUGACUAGAAGAAAAUUUCCUUCUAGUCACUAAGUGACGUGACUGUGAGAAUAGAGCCCCAAAUGGGCUUACUAUUCGUUCGAAUCGCUUUUGAACGAAUCUCGCAUUCGUCGUAAACAAGAAUAACGGUGAAUAUGACUGUUGAUAACACAAACAAGAAUUACGUCUAUUCGAUAGAUUUUUCCGCAUAAUGAACUAUCACCUUCUGAUGAUUUCGAAAGGGUUGUAUCGUACUGUGGCAGAACUGGGGUUUCCCUCCUAAUCGUCAGUGAUGCAAAUACCCACCACCUAAUUUGGGGCAGCUCAGAAGUCAAUUUGGGAAUUGCUUGAAUACUUAAGUAGUACAAAUCUGCACAUACUGCACAUACAUGUAGGAAAUCGCCCAACAUUUGCACGUACUGACAGAGAAGAGGUGUUAGAUGUAACUCUCUGUUCUAACGGUAUUAUGCAUGAGUUGGCAAACUGGCUCGUACCAAACGAGCUCAAACCGUCGUUAUCUGAUCAUAAGUACAUCGACUUUGAUCAUUUUAACGACUCGCUAGAUAUCAUCACAUAUCGUAAUCCCAAAUCUGCGAACUGGCACCUCUACGAAGAGGGCUUGGCCACUAGGUUUCAUGGGUAUUUUCCAACGAUUGAAUCUCCAAGUGACUCGGAUGAUGUCGCGGAGAAAUCAAACUCACUCUUAGUAGCAGCAUAUCAAGCGGCUUGUCCGCUUCGAUUUAAGCUUCUACCCGAAUAGAAAUGUACUGUAACAAAACCAUGAUUUUCACUGUGACAGUACAGUAAUUUUACAAUAAUUUACAGUAAGUUCUAAUGUUAUGUGACAAUGAAAAAACAAUAAACUUUAACGUAUUUACGGUA